UUCCCAAUUCCCAGCCCUUGUCUUUCUUCUUUCUUCUUUCUUCUUUCUUCUUUCUUCUUCUCAGUGUGAUUGAGCAGUGAUUCAGUCCAUCAAUGGAGCGUGAUUUCUUCAAAUAUCUACCAUCAGAAAUCACCACCGACAUCCUCUCACGCCUGCCCUUCCGAAGCCUCGUAAUCAGCAAGUCCGUUUGCAAACCAUGGCUCAAUUUAAUCGAUUCCGACGAUUUCCGCAAAUCCGAAAUCAAAACCCCACCCGCCCUAGUCCUCUUGACAGAGAAGACGAUGGAUUCAACUUGGUGCGCGAUUUUCGAAAUUGGUGACGAAGACGGAGUCGAUGCGGAGAAGAGCCAUGAUUUUCACCACAUUCCGCUCAUGGAUUUGGAAAUCCCUCACGGAAACAGAGCAACAAUGAAAGGAACAUGGAGGCGUGUUGAAGCCGGCGCUGCUUCUGGUUUCGCAUUUUAUGGUCAAAGCAUUGAAUUUAAUGGCAACAUUCACUGGAGAGCAUUUGAUUUGGGUGGUGACAUGUCGAUUUGUGGUUUUGAUGUUGAAACGGAAUGUUUUAGACUCUUCUCAAUUCCUCCCGUGGAAGAUGGUGGAUAUCUAAAUGGGUAUUUGUGUGUUUUAAGGGAUUGUCUGUGUUAUUAUUACACACGUAAAUAUGAAAUUGUCAUCUGGAAUACCAAGUCGAGGAUUCUUGGACCAUGGAUUACAAGUUGAGUACUCUGGUUUUUUAUUUUGAUGUGGAUUAUGUGUAUGUUCAUCCGAUUAAACAUUUUAAAGACGGUGAUAUUUUGAUGUUGCUGGAUGAAGAUGAUCUCAUCUACUACUCCAACAAGACAAGAAGUUUUCAACAAGUCGGUAUGUUUGGGGAUGGAUCUGCGGGUUGCCUUAGCGCCCUGACUUUCACUCCUAGCCGUUUCUCACUCAAGAAUUUCGGAUUCAAGAAUGUGAUCUCGUUUUAGUCCAGGUUCUAAUGUUUGUCUGUUGUCUAGUGUUCGGAAUCUAAGGUUUGUUUGUCAUGUAAUGUUCGGGUUCUAAGGUUUCUUUGUCUUGUAGUGUUCGUGUUUGGUCUUAUCGUGUCCAUCUUGACAUAAACCAUCGUAGAUGCAUCUGUAAUGUGUUACUAGUAUUUGUCAUCAAAUUCGAAUGCCUCUUUUAUUUGGACUGUUAAUGUUUUUUUAUUA